AUGGAUCUCGAUAAACAACCUGAACCUUCUGAAAGCUUGUUAGAGGAAAUGGACCUUGAUACAGACACAGUCAUAGAUCAAGUUGACAAGCCAUCGAAAAGUUCGAGUGGUGUUGAUAACAAUGGUUACGCCUCGUCAUCAUCUUCAACUGUACCUAAGCGUAAGCAACCUCCUAAAAAUUCAAAGGUAAAAGACACAAAAAAUACAAAGGGCAAGGUUAUCAAAAAAUCGGAAACUGUUAAAAAGACGAAGUUGAUUUAUGAAUAUAAGGAUGGUGAAGUGGAAGAAAGUGAAACUUUUGAAUUGAUCGGUGAAGAUCCUGUUAUUAAUCAAGGGGCUAGUGAUGGUUUCGAAGCCGAUAAAACCUCUCUCCCUUGUCGUACACUUGAUGAGUUCACUAUUUAUGAUGUUAACUACCAAAAUAGAGCGGUUAGUAUCGAAGAGUUAGAUGAAGAAGGUCGUGAACUUCAUGUUUCUGGGAUUGUUAAACCAAUAUAUUAUUUUAGAACUAGUACUAUUUUCUAUUUUCAAAUUGAAUACUUGCAAGAUGGCCAAAGUGAAAUUUGGAUUCGCACUCAAUAUGCGUUUUAUAAAUUACUUAAAGCUUCCGAAGCUUAUGUACCAUAUUUCAUGCCAGUAUUCAGAAAAAUUCGUACAGCAAAUGUUAUAAUUGAAGCUAUCGCUAGUAACCCAGAAAUUACUUAUGAACAAUUCCUCGAUUUACUAAAGAAUUCAUCAUCAUUCCUAAGCAACUCUACAACGGUGGAGAUAUCAGAGAAAGAUAUUUUGAAAAAUAUUGAUUACAUUUAUGAAGAAUUGGAAACUUGGAUUGAUGAAAAAGAAGCGUUUGGAGCUCUUUCAUGUCCUCUCCUAACAAGUUUACAAAAGUUAAUGAAGAAGAAGAGUAAAAGAUCCAAACACGUUCAUUAUGGUGACACAGAUACUGUCAAGACCAAACGUAAUGUGUCAAUCAAGAGUUCCAAGAAUAAUCCUAAUUUGGCUGUAUUACGACAUCAAAAUCCAACUUGUGUCACUCCUUUCAUUAAUAAUUUGACUAAAGGAAUGUUUGCUAAUAAAUUUAUCACUGUGAAACACGAUAUUGAAUCAGAGGAUGAAAAAGAGCCCCUUUUGAAGAUCGAAGCACCUGUAAUUACGAAACCCGUGACUCAUAAAGUAUUAUGGAAUGAAAAGCAAAUUGCUAAAAGUGAUGGCAUUUCGUAUUAUAAUUCUGCUAUAGUUGACGGAGAAAUAAUUGAGGUGGGAGAUGUUGUUUAUGUUCGAAAUGAUGAUUCUGAUGAACCUUGGUUUGCAAAGGUUAUGUAUAUGUUCGAGGAUUCGUCAAACAAAAAAAUGUUCCACUCUAGAUUCUUCAAUCACGGCAAAGCAACCAUUUUAGAAGAAUUUGCCGGUGAUAGAGAGCUUUUCUUAUUGGAUAAUUGUACUGAUAAUGAUCUUGACACUGUCAUGGGAAAGGCUAAAGUAAAGCGUCUUGAUAUUGAUGAAGACGAGUCUUUUGACUUUGAGGAUGAACAUUUCUAUUUUUAUCGGUUCUGGUAUGACGAAAAAUAUGCAGCAUUCGAAGAAGCUCGAUUUCAUGAGGAACCAAAGGUUGUUUUCAAUUAUUGUACAGAGUAUGAACAAUGUCACUCUUGUGAGAAUUUUAUGACCGCUGAACAAAAGGGAAAGCCAAAAUGGAUCUACGGAGAUUCACAAGAUACCUUGUUAGGUUUUACGUACAAAGGAGUUGACUAUCACCUUCACGAUUUUGUGUAUCUUAUCCCGGAUGAAGGAAAUGAUAGCUCUUAUACCACAUAUGAAAUCGGUCAAAUUGUUGAACUCUUGAAUACAGGAAAGAGAACGGUCGAUGAUUAUUUUGAAAAGAAAAUUAACGGAAAGCAAAAGGUUGAUGAACCCGCUUUUUGUGUUCGAUUAUUGGGAAGAUAUGAUGACCUUAUAAAGACAAAUCCGUCAAGUAAGACUUUAGAAACAGCAACGUAUCGAGAUAUCAUACUUGAUCCUCGUGAUGUUAAAGAUUGUAGGCGACUUUUCUUUAAGAGUGAGACUAGGGUCAUAAAAAAGAUAAAGGAUAAAUUAGAAGGUGUAUGUUGGGUAGAACAUAAAGAUAGAAUAAGUGACCUUAAUUUAUAUAAAGACGAAAUGGAUACUUUUUAUAUAGAUUACAAAACUACGAAAAAAUAUCCUAAAUUAUCGGAUCUUGAAAGUAUAGACGUCGAUGAAGUCCAAUUAUGUCCUUCAUGUAAAGAGAAAAGACAAAAUCGUCAAAAAGAGAUGUCCGAAUUUUUUGAAUAUAUAAAUGUUCAACAAAAAAAACUUAGAGCAAUGGAUAUCUUUUCGGGGUGUGGCGGCCUUACUGUUGGUAUGGACCAAACUGGUAUAGUUGAAACUAUGUGGGCGAUCGAAUUUGCCUCCAGUGCAGCCCUAACCUUCGAAAAGAACAAUCCUAAUGCCAUAACUUAUAACCAGUGCGCUAACUUAUUACUCGAAAGAGCUAUCGCUGAACACAGUCGUAAAGAAAGAGUAGAACCUCUACAAGACUUUUUAGAUCGUCAAGUACCAAGCAUGCCUGCCCCUGGUAAUGUAGAUUUUAUUUACUGUGGUCCACCUUGUCAGGGAUUCAGCGGGAUUAAUCGUUUUCAAAAAGCGGAUGACAUAAAAAACAGCCUGGUCGCUACUGCAUUAAGUUAUGUUGAUUUUUAUAGACCAGAAUUCUUUUUAUUGGAGAAUGUAAGAGGAAUGUUAUCCUUCCGUUUAGGAGGGAAACAAGAUGGUCUAAAGAUCAUAGGGGGGAUUAAAAUGGGCGUCAUAAAGUUCAUAAUAAGAUCCUUGACUGCAAUGGGAUAUCAGACAAGGUUUGGUAUUCAACAGGCUGGUCAUCAUGGGGUCCCUCAAAGUCGUAGACGAUUAUUUAUAUGGGGAACAAAACGUGGCUCGUAUCUUCCUGAUUUUCCUCAACCAUCUACGUGCUUUUCGAAGCAUGGUUCGAUCAAUAUCAACCUACCGGAUGGUACAUCAUUUACAUAUAAUCAUCGUAAAAACGGAUAUGCGCCAUAUCCGGCCGUCUCUGUUAGAGAAGCGAUUAAUGAUCUACCAGAAUUCGAAUUUGUGAAUCCUCAUCAAGUUUAUCCCGCCGAUAAAGAAGAUAUGGAGCUUAAACGUCCUUUUAAACAAAUUGUGGUACCUGAAAGGGGCUGGGUCGGAGAAAUGGAGUCCGAAUAUGGGUCCGAUCCACUUUCUGAAUUCCAACGACAAUCUCGUAAAGAUAGUACACGUGUCUACAAUCAAAUUUGUAGGAUAUUUAAUAAGUUAACUGUUGAACGUAUCGUUCGCAUAACAAUGUUUCCAGGUGCUGAUCAUUCAAGCCUACCUGAGAAAUUGAAACCAUGGUGUUUAAGUGAUCCUAAUUCGGCAGCUAGUCGACAUAAUGGAUGGAAGGGUUUAUUUGGACGUCUUGACUUCGAAGGUCAUUUUGUCACGGCCCUUACAGAUAUAAAUCCAAUGGGAAAAACAGGGACUGUUGUCCAUCCUAAUCAGAGAAGAUUACUGACGGUUAGAGAGUGUGCACGUGCUCAAGGUUUUCCAGAUAAAUUCAGGUUUUACAGUGAUCGUGAUGAUACAAAGGAUAUGCACAGGCAAAUCGGGAACGCUGUGCCUCCUCCAUUGGCUUAUGCACUUGGACGGUUAUUGGUGGAAGCUGUAUUUAAAAAGUACAAGGAUCACAAAAAUUCAAAAGGGAAGGGAAAAGCUACCGCUUAA